AUGGCCAGCAACAACUCCGGCGAGUCGUACUUUCGCCUAACAGAAUUGCCUGAGCGCUUGAUCUUGGAGACCGUCCUCUGGGCUCAACGUCUCUGGUUGGAAGAAUGGUUCUGCCCCCAAGCGCCUUUCGCUGGCGUGAAUCGGUAUGCGCCACGGCGUAUCUCUUCGGCCUCAGAUGGAGGUUCAUCAUGCUGCCGCGGUCAGGAUUGGGCUGGUAGGCGACCACGCUGCCUACGAAUCACCAAGCUCGUCCCCUUGCGGCUGCAGUCCCCCGCGAGGCGCCUUUCACAUACAGGACGGGCAAUGCGCACAAUCCUGACAAGCGACGGCGAUCUUACUGAGACCAUCUGGAGCUUGGACAAUGUUAUUUUCCCCCGUGUCGCCAAGCUCUCGCAGGUGGAGACGGCCGAGCAUGGCGCCCUGCAGCGAGCAGCGAACAACCUCAUCGCCGUCAACGUCUGCGCCUGCCCGAUUUCGUCUUCGGUCGCCUCGUACUCGGAUCUUGAGAGGAUCAAACUUGCGAUACCCUGGCCCGAGCACCACGUCAGACCUGGCGAUCAGCCUGCGUAUGAUCCCGCGCACUCUUUCUUUUACCUACAUCCUGGCCGAGCGGGCGGCGCUCUGAGGCAUGUCGAUGUGGAGAUAUACGACAGAGCGCCGCACGCCGUGAAGUAUGGCGCGAGGAGGGUCGUGGGCGUCUUAAGCGAAGGUUUGCAAGGCAGCCGGGUCGGCGGCUUAGACGUCUAUUAUUAUUCGCCUCAGCUCACCUCGCUUUGUAUCUACUUCUCCCUGGCUUGGGAGGUGGAGUUCACAUCCGACUUGUCAAUGGCGCUGCAGGCCUGCGCAGGCAAUCUUUGCUAUCUUACGAUUGACGCUGGUGGUGGGACAUUCGCGGAGCUGGACCGUGUGUCCCUACCCACCCUCCGCUUCCUGCGGCUUGUCUUUCCGCAAGGGAAGGUCGGACGAUUAUUACGCCGUUUGGAUCUUCCCCACGACGUUGACAUGCACCUAGAGCCUGUAGUCCGGUGGAGGGAGCAUGUCGCUGAGGCGCCGGCGGAGAACGCGCUGUAUGAAGCCCCCAUCUGGCGCUCUGACCUCCUGCAAGAAUGCACCGCGGACGGUGGUUCUUUGGGUGACUACGUGAAGACCCUCGCCGCCCCUGACAACGCUGUGCGCUUGUUUUCUGCCCCACCAGGCUUGCUAACUCGCGGCCUCACGCUGGCCGCGGACUACGAGCUUUGGAUGUCGCUGUGCGCUAUCGGUUUGGACAUAAGGCUGGGCGAGAAGACCGCGCCUACCGUGCAUGUCGCCAGCCGGUUUCCUGAGUACAUCUCAGUCUCCCUGGCGCGCUCCAGGUCCGAACUCGACGCCGUAAUGAAGGAUCCCGUGGCCCGAGACUGGCAGAAUAGCGGGGCCCGCGAUGAGACGCGUACCGCCAGGCGUUCGUUGUCUGUCCGGGACGGUCAAUUCGCCGAAGCCACGCGCCGCCGCUACGAAAACGACCGAUAUCCGAAGGCGCUAUACGACGCCGUGACCUACGUCAUCCGCGCUGUCCUAGCAGACCGCACAAAUGAUCAUACAGCGCUGCAAUACGUCACUUUUGGGCGUGAUUCUUGGCUGCCCGACCGGUCGUUGGGGUACGCUCAUAUUCUCGGCGAAUUUUGGGGUUUGCGCGCAAUCCAUUUCGCCAGCCCUCCUCUGGUCCCAGAAACCCCUUUCAAGCAAGGCGGGGAAGGUUGCUUGGCCAUUGAUCACAUGGAGGCGCUGGCGCUUUACCUCAAUACUCCUCGAGAGGCAAACUUAUACCCCUGCUCCAGAUUGGAGAGAAUCUCCUUUCCGGCCGCUUGCACCGCAUCGCUACCUGCGAUGGGCGAUCUUGAGCAGCUGUUCAAUUCUCCCGAGCGCUAUGCUUACUCCGGUGCACCGUGGAUUGUAGUUGGCCCAGAUCUACCUAACUAA